AUGGCUUUAUCUGAUUUACAUUUAUCAUGUUAUGAUGGUGAUUUGGAAAAAGUAAAAAAAUGUUUGAAUACAGAUAAUAUAAAUGAAAUAAAAAUUAUUUUUCAAGAAGAACAAUGUGAUCAAUGGAUAUUUAUUAAAACAAAAGAAUUAACACCAAUUAUUUGUGCAAUUGAAAAUAAUCAUCUAUCUAUUGUCAAAUAUCUUUAUGAACAAGGUGCAAAUAUUUAUCUACUUCAACCUUUGAAAGUAGCAUGUCAAUAUAAACAUAUCAAAAUAAUUGAUUAUUUAUUAAAUAUUUUAAUUGUAAAAUGUCAGUCGAUAUUAUCAAAAAGCUCGAGUCCAUCAUCUCCAUUAUCACUUUGGUAUGAAAAAGCAGCAUCACAAUGGCUUGAAGCAUUACCGAUUGGAAAUGGUUAUAUGGGUGCAAUGAUCUAUGGUGGAUAUCCUCGUGAAACAAUUCAAUUAAAUAGUGAUACUUUAUGGGCUGGUUCUCCACAUGAUUAUUCAAAUCCAGGUGCUUUUAAUUAUCUUCAAGAAAUUCGACAAUUAAUUGAAAAUAAUCAAUGGAAUCAAGCUCAACAAAUUUUAACAGAAAAUUUUUUUGGAAAACCAAUUCGUCAAGCACCUUAUCAACCUGUUGGAAAUUUAUUCAUUGAUUUUUUUCCAGAAUCAUCAUACAAUUCUAUUGAUCAAUAUCAAAGAGAGUUAAAUUUAGAAAAAGCAAUUACAACAACGACUUAUUCAACAGAUCAUCAAAUUAAUUAUCAACGAACUUGUUUUGCAUCUUAUCCAGAUAAUUGUAUUAUUUAUAAUAUUCAAUCAUCGUCAUCAAAUUCUAUAAAUAGUGUUAUAUCAUUUUCAAGUCCUCAAAAAAUAAAUAUAUCAGUUGAUAAAACAAAUACAUUAAUAGUAGAUGGUAUUGGUGGUGAUCAUGAAACAAUACCUGGAACAAUUCGCUUUCGUUUAUUAAUAAAUGUUGAAUUAGAUGGCGAAUGUUAUCCAUUAAACGAUCGUUUAAUUAUAUUUGCAUCAAGUUUUUUAACUAUUCGAAUUGUUAUUGCGACAAGUUAUAUUAAUUAUUCAUAUGUAGAUGGUGAUGAAAAAAAAUUAUCUCAAAAUAAUUUAAAUAAUUGUUUAUUGUAUAAUUAUGAACAAUUAAUGGAACGUCAUUUAAAUGAUUAUAAAUUAUUAUUUGAUCGUGUUCAAUUAAAUCUUGGUGAAAGUGAAGCUAUGUUACAACCAACUGAUCGUCGAAUUGAAUUAUUUUCUCAAAAUCCAAAUCUUGAUCCACAAUUAAUGACAUUAUAUUUUCAAUUUGGUCGAUAUUUAUUAAUAUCAUCAAGUCGUCCAGGUAGUCAAACAGCAACAUUACAAGGUAUAUGGAAUGAUUCAAUGACACCACCAUGGGAUUCAAAAUAUACAAUUAAUAUUAAUAUUGAAAUGAACUAUUGGAUAGCUGGACCAGCAAAUUUAAUUGAAUGUUAUCAACCUUUAUUUGAUCUUAUUCAAGAUAUAUCACAAACAGGACAAUCAACAGCUAAAUUACAUUAUGGAACGACACGAGAAGGAAGUUGGGUAUGUCAUCAUAAUACUGAUAUAUGGCGAGGUACAGCACCUGUUGAUGAUGCUGUUUAUGGUACAUGGCCAACAGGUGGAAUAUGGCUUUGUAAAAGUAUUUGGGAUCAUUAUUUAUUUACAAAUGAUAAAACAAAUCUUCUUCGUUAUUAUCCAGUACUUCGUUCAGCAGCACAAUUUUUUUUAGAAACUCUUGUUAAAUCAUCAAAUUAUUUAUUAACAAGUCCAUCAAUGUCACCCGAAGUUCCACAUCAUGUUCAAUUAAAUGCUGUUGUUUGUCAAGGACCAACAUUAGAUAUUCUUUUAAUAAAAGAUUUAUUUAAUUCCAUUAUUGAAACAUCGCGUUUAUUUAAUAUUGAUUUAUCAUUUCGAGAAGAAGUUCAACAAGCAUUUGAUCAAUUACCACCUCUUCAAAUUGGACAAUUAGGUCAAUUACAAGAAUGGUUUCAAGAUUGGGAUCAAGAAGCUGAUAUUCAAAAUAGACAUAUGUCUCAUUUAUAUAGUGUUUUUCCUGGAAAUUGCAUAACAAUUGAAACAUCACAAUAUCGUGAUGCAGCACUUCGUUCAUUAGCUCUUCGAGGUAUAUUUGUUCCAUCACCGGGAUGGUCAUUAGCAUGGAAAUCAAAUAUUUGGGCUCGUCUUCAUCAAGGUUCAAAUGCAUUUCAACUACUUUGUAUGAUUUUAACACCAUUACAUACAGCAGCAAAUUUAUUUGAUUUAAUUGAUGGUCCACCAUUUCAAAUAGAUGCUAAUUUUGGUGCAACAUCAGCUAUUUGUGAAAUACUUCUUCAAAGUCAAAAUAAUAACAUAGAACUUCUACCAGCAUUACCUGUUGAUAAUUGGCCACAAGGUUUUGUUUGUGGUUUAAGAGCACGAGGAAAUUAUCAAGUUAAUAUUUGGUGGACAAAUAAAAUAUUAUAUCGAGCAGAAAUUAUUCCUUUAUCAAAUAAACAUAUUUGUAAAAUUAUUUAUCAAAAUAAAAGUUUAAUUUUGGAAAAUUUAUUAUUUGGAUAUACAUAUCAUAUUAAUUCAUCAUUACAAUUAACUCAUCAAUCAAAAACUACAUAA